AUGAAUGUUACUACAGCUAAGUUUUUAUACUUGGCUCUAUUUCUGUGGAGCACAUUUUGUUCUUUGAUGAGUGGUAUCAGUCAUGGGAUGUAUGUUGAUGGAAGAAGUUUUGCUGAUCCUAGUCGUUGGAGGUCUAGCGUAGAUAACGAUGAUGACUAUUGUUCUUAUAGAAGUUGGAGGGGUUGUGGGAGUUUCUUUGGGAAAGGUGGUAGUGAUUCUAAGAAUGAGGAGGGCAAUGUAGCAGCUCCUACUCCUAGUGGUGGAGUUGGUGGCGAUUCUGGUCAAGGUGAGGGGUAUAGUGCAAGUGGUGUAGGGGGAAGUGGUGGUAGAGAAGGAGAGGGUAAAGGUAUUGGUGAAAGUGGUGUUGGAUAUGGUCACAAUAGUGACUUUGGUGUUGGGGUAGGCAUUGGACAUGAUGGUGGUGGAGGAGGCGGAGGCGGAGGUGGAGGAGGUGGUGGUUCAAGUAAUGGUAUUGGUUAUAGCGGGAUAGGUCAAGGUAGAGGAUUUGGUUUUGGCUUUGGUGUAGGUAAGGGUAAUGGGGGACAAGGUGGUGGGGGAGGAGGGGGAGGUGGAAGUGGAGAAGGUUCUACAGGAGGACAAGGUCACGGUAGUGGUUUUGGUGAAGGUGGAGGAGUAGGGGACAUAAAAGGAGGUGGUGAUGAUGGUGGUGGAGGUGAAGGUGGAGGAGUUGGCAACAAAGGGCAAAUUCAUGGUAAUGAUUUUAGUGUAGGCGGAGGCAUAGGGGGCAUGGGAGGAGGUGGUGGUGGUGGUGGAGGUGAGGGUGGAGGAGUUGGUAACGAAGGACAAGGUCAUGGUAGUGGUUUUGGUGCAGGUGGAGGCAUAGGGAGCAUGGGAGGAGGUGGUGGUGGUGGUGGAGGUGAGGGUGGAGGAGUUGGCAAUGAAGGGCAAGGUCAUGGUAGUGGUUUUGGUGCAGGUGGAGGAGUAGGUGGCAUAGGAGGAGGAGCAGGUGGAGGUGGUGGUGGAGGUGGAGGAGUUGGCAACAAAGGGCAAGGCCAUGGUAAUGGUUUUGGUGCAGGCGGAGGCAUAGAGGGCAUGGGAGGAGGUGGUGGUGGUGGUGGUGGUGGAGGUGAAGGUGGAGGUGGAGGAGUUGGUAACGAAGGACAAGGUCAUGGUAGUGGUUUUGGUGCAGGUGGAGGCAUAGAUGGCAUGGGAGGAGGUGGUGGUGGUGGUGGAGGUGAGGGUGAAGGAGUUAACAAUGAAGGGCAAGGUCAUGGUAGUGGUUUUGGUGCAGGUGGAGGCAUAGAUGGCAUGGGAGGAGGUGGUGGUGGUGGUGGAGGUGAGGGUGAAGGAGUUAACAAUGAAGGGCAAGGUCAUGGUAGUGGUUUUGGUGCAGGUGGAGGGGUAGGUAGCUUAGGAGGAAGAGGAGGAGUAGGUGGAGGUGGUGGUGGUGGAGGUGAGGGUGGAGGAGUUGGCAACAAAGGGCAAGGUUAUGGUAAUGGUUUUGGUGCAGGCGGAGGCAUAGGGGGCAUAGGAGGAGGUGGUGGUGGUGGUGGUGGUGGAGGUGGUGGAGGUGAUGGUGGAGGAGUUGGCAACGAAGGACAAGGUCAUGGUAGUGGCUUUGGUGCAGGUGGAGGAGUAGGUGGCAUUAGAGGAGGAGCAGGUGGAGGUGGUGGUGGUGGAGGUGAAGGUGGAGGAGUUGGCAACAAAGGGCAAGGUCAUGGUAGUGGUUUUGGUGCAGGUGGAGGCAUAGGGGGCAUGGGAGGAGGUGUUGGUGGUGGUGGAGGUGAGGGUGGAGGAGUUGGCAACGAAGGGCAAGGUUAUGGUAGUGGCUUCGGUGCAGGUGGAGGUGUAGGUGGCAUAGGAGGAGGAGGAGCAGGUGGAGGUGGUGGUGGAGGUGGAGGAGGAGGAGGAAUAAGUGGUGGGAAUAGAGGCAAAGGUUAUGGAAGUGGUUUUGGUUCAGGUGUAGGUACAAGUAUAGGUGGCAUAGGAGAAGGUGGUGGUGGUGGCAAUGGUAGUGGUGGAGGAAGAGGUAGUGAUGGAGGGGAAGGUCAUGGUUAUGGUAGUGGUUUUGGUGAAGGUACAAGCAAUAAUGGUGUGGGAGGAGGGGGUGGUGGAGGAAGUGGUGGUGGGGGCAAUGGAAGAGGGUAUGGUCAUGGUAGUGGCUUUGGUGCAGGCAUGGGCAUGGGUGGAAUAGGAGAAAAUGGUGGGGGCAAUGGUGAAGGAAGAAAAGGACACUAUAAUGGUGGUAGUAAUAGUAAAGGCGCAAGCAACAAUCAUGGUGGUAAUAAUGGCUUAGGAAUUGGAUUUGGCAUGGGUAUGGGUUUUGGUUUUGGUAUGGGAGCUAGUGGAGUUGAUGUUUCCAAUCAAGGUGAUUUUAAUGACCCUUAG